AUGAGUCCUCUGGACCUGUGGGAGGACCUAUGGGAGGACCUGUGGGAGGACCUGUGGGAGGACCUGUGGGAGGACCUGUGGGAGGACCUGUGGGUGGACCUGUGGGUGGACUGUGCCUGUACUCCUGUGAUACCUGAGGAUCUCUCGCUGGAAGAGAGGGAUGAGCUGUCAAACAUCCGGCGGAGGAAGAGAGAGCUGCUGGAUGAUAUUGAGCGCUUGAAGUUUGAGAUAGCUGAAGUCAUGACUGAGAUCGAGCAACUAACGUGUGUAGGAGAGAGCAAAAUUACACAGAGGAACAAACAGAUUGCCAUGGGGAGGAAGAAAUUCAACAUGGAUCCUAAGAAGGGGAUCCAGUUUCUCCUGGAAAACGACCUUCUGCAGCACACCCCAGAAGAUAUCUCUCAGUUCCUCUACAAGGGUGAGGGCCUGAACAAGACUGUCAUCGGAGAUUACUUAGGGGAGCGAGAUGAGUUUAACCUCGAUGUACUACAGGCGUUCGUAGAGCUUCAUGAGUUUGCUGACCUCAACCUCGUCCAGGCCUUAAGGCAGUUCCUGUGGAGUUUUCGUCUACCUGGUGAGGCUCAGAAAAUUGACCGGAUGAUGGAGGCGUUUGCCUCGCGGUACUGCGGCUGUAACCCUGGGGUGUUCCAGUCAACAGGUCUGAUCCUCAGCAUUCAACACUGUCUACCUCCCAAAUG